GUCUUUCCUCGAUUCCACCAUUUAAAAGGGAAAAAGAAGGAUAAAAGAGCGCGAAAACCCUAGCUUACAGUCUCUAGCUCCGGUAUGUCAAUUCAACCGGAAUCUCCCUCUGAACAUAACGAAGAAGCACCGGAAGAACAAUUUCGGAGCAGUACUCAUCACCCUCCUGCUCCUUCAGAUGAGCUAUUUGAUAUAACAACCACAGUUGAUCCUAGUUAUAUAAUAUCUUUGAUCCGGAAACUCCUACCAGAAAAUGUGAAUCAUGGAGAGAUAUGCAAGAUAAACACAUCUUCUCCACCUGAGAAUGAAGGAGGCCAGAGCUGGUCUAUUGAUGAGUCUGAAAAUAUGAAGAAUGUUGAAACUUCUGUCAAACAAUCUGUAGAUGACAAGUUCUAUUGUCAAAAUGUGCAUGAGGAUGUGGUAGUUGGAGAAGAGGCUUGGGAAGAGUUUGGCUGCAUUUUGUGGGAUCUAGCAGCCAGUAAAACUCACGCUGAAUUCAUGGUUGAAAACUUCGCUCUUGAAGUGCUUUUGGCGACUCUGCUGGUCUCUAAGUCUGCACGGAUUACUGAAAUUAACCUUGGUAUUAUUGGGAACCUAGCUUGCCAUGAUGUCUCACGGAAAAAAAUCACUUCUAUGAAUGGUCUGAUUGGAGCAGUAUUGCAACAAUUGUUUCUAGAUGACACAGCAUGUCUCUGUGAAGCAUGCCGGCUGAUAACCUUAUUUCUUCCAAGCGACGAAAGUGAUAUUUUGGCGGAAGCACUGCAACCUGAACAUAUUUUAUGUCGUAUUUUAUGGAUUGUAGAGAACACUUUGAACAUCCAGCUUCUUGAGAAGAGCAUUAAUCUUCUCUUAGCAAUAGCAGAAAGUAAGCAGGAUGUGACUGCGAUACUGCUACCACCACUGAUAAAAUUAGGUCUCCCUCAGAUUCUGGUUGAUCUCCUAUCUGUCGAGAUAAGCAAGUUAACUGAAGAAAGAUCACCUGAAAGGUAUUCCAUUCUAGAUUUGAUUCUUCGGACUGUUGAAGCGCUUUCUGUCAUUGAUGAUUAUUCACAAGAAAUCUGCUCAAACAAGGAACUCUUCAAACUACUUGUUCGAUUGAUCAAGCAUCCAGAUAAAGCUGAGUUUGCCAACUCUUGCGUUACUGCUUCAAUUUUGACAGCAAAUAUUCUGACUGAUGCAACUGAUCUGGCUUUAGAGAUAUCACAGGACAUGCUUUUCUUACAGGGUCUACUUGAUGUGUUUCCUUUUGCCUCUGAUGAUAUCGAAGCACGGAGUGCAAUUUGGAGCAUUCUUGCAAGGUUACUGAUGCGAAUUGAAAAAACUGAUCCGUCAAAUCUGCAUCAGCUUGUCUCAGUUCUCACAAGCAAGUCAGAGGUGGUUGAGGAUGAACUUCUUAACUACAAUGUUGAUGAUUCCAGCGAAGACCUUAGAAGUCCAACCAAAUUAACAGCAAGAACAUUUGCUCUAAACAGAAUUGUUGAAAUUUUAAGUCAAUGGAGAACCCUCGAGGACCACAAGAAGGAAACUCUUUCUAUGGAGGGAUGCUAUGUGAAUGAAAGAGAUGUUGAUAAAAUGUUGCACUACUGUUGCAAAUACACCAAGUUACUACUGUAUAUGAAAAGAGAAAAAUGUUUGCUAAGCUGCUAAUACAAUCUUCAUUUCAAAGUAAAUGACAAAGGUAUACUGCAGAAGGAGAACUCGUGAACGAUCCAACUAUUGACAAAUCUUAACACGAUGAAGUGAGAUGCAUGCUCAUCUAUCAUUUAUCUAGGCAAUCUAAAGCUAAUACAGCAAAAGGGGAAUUACCUCACUUCAGGAUAUCUCUCUGAAAGGAUCCGCGGAGAAUGUGAUUUGGCUGAUGUUAUAGAAGUGGCACAAUAUACAAGUGUUGACUUGGUUUAGUCUUCUCGAGAAGCUCUUCACUCGUAAUACAUGGUGCUUAUUGAUUGGGUGAGCCUUCCGGCUUGGUUUUUAGGUAUCUGGCCUCUAGCUGCUUGAUAGUCAUCACUGAUUAACUACAGGAAACUUAAGUAGCUGGAAAAACUGUCCCAUGUGGAGGUUAUCGCGAUUCCAUCCAACAAUUCGUUUAGAAUAGAAGAAUAGUUCCAGAGCGUUGUGCAGUUUGCCUAAUUCCCUGUUUACUUGUAGAAUAGUUCCAGAGCAUCAGUGUGCAGUUUGCCUAAUUCCCUGUUUACUUGUAGAAUAGUUCCAGAGCAUCAGUGGUGAUGACACGGUUGGAUCUAUGAUGAAUCUGGGCAGGACUCAGAAUCCAAUUUUGUCGUUUCGGUUGCUCUUUGGUGGAAAGAAAAACAAGGAGUUUGCGUUCAGUUCUCUUCCUCUGUUGUCUGUACAUCCACUUAAGUUGAUUUAUCGUGGACAAACUUAAACUUGUUUUUCUAUUCUUCUAAGAUAAGGAAGUGAUUUCAGGCUUGUUUGUUUAUAACUUGAUAGAAUUUUGGACUCGGUCAUCGAUGGAAAGAGCGAACUUUGUUCUGUGAAAUAAACUUUCAGAUUUUAUUUAUUGCUUGCCAAUGACGUGAUUUUGACCCCAAGACUUCAAUAAGGUUAUGAUGCACGAGGAGGUGAUUUUAUUGUUGGUA